GCUAUGGGACCGUGACGUCAGCGGGCCUGAAGGCGGAAGUCCAGGCAUCAACAACCCCUACGUCAGUGAGGAUUUUUGUUUUUUAGGGGACAGUCGCGAGCGUUCUUGAGGUUAAUUUGUGUUUUAAACAGAGAACUGUAGCUGCCAUGUCUUUGUUUGGGAAGUUGUUCGGGAGCGGGGGGAAAGGGGACAAAGCCCCGAGUCCUCAAGAAGCGAUCCAGAAACUCCGCGAGACGGAGGAUAUGUUGUCGAAGAAGCAGGAAUUUUUGGAAAAGAAGAUUGAGGCGGAACUGCUAACAGCGAAGAAGAACGGCACGAAAAACAAACGAGCUGCCCUCCAGGCACUGAAGAGGAAGAAGCGUUAUGAAAAGCAGCUGCUUCAGAUCGACGGCACUCUGUCUACCAUCGAGUACCAACGAGAAGCUUUGGAGAAUGCCAACACUAACACAGAGGUGCUCAAGAACAUGGGCUUCGCCGCCAAGGCCAUGAAGAAUGCUCACCAAAACAUGGAUAUAGACAAAGUGGAUGAUCUCAUGCAGGACAUCACAGAACAGCAGGAGCUGGCGCAGGAGAUCUCCGAUGCUAUUUCAAAACCAGUCGGCUUUGGAGAGGAGUUUGAUGAGGAUGAAUUGCUCGCUGAAUUGGAGGAGUUGGAACAGGAGGAACUGGACAAUAAUCUGCUAGAAAUUAGUGGCCCAGAGAAUGUCUCACUGCCCAGCGUGCCUUCAACCUCAUUACCUUCCCAACCAGCCAAGAGUAGAAAGGAAGAAGAUGAGGAUGAAAUGGAGGAGCUGAAGGCUUGGGCAGUGUGAACCAAGCCCAAACAUCCGGACUGUCUUAUCACUCGCUUUGGUGGACUGAUGUUCAGAGUUGACUUGAACACCUUCAGAGAGUUAAUAUUUGCAAAACCAAUUGUCUAGAAAAUUUGUAGCUCCAUUUAAUGGUUUAGGUCCAUAAAUAAAUAAAUAAAUAAAUAACCUGUCCAUAGGGAUGUAAAAGAGGCCAUGAAAGCAAAACAACAAUCAGAUGAAAUUGUAUUUCUGAAACGAUUCGGCUAACGUUUGCUUAUGGAUAUUUUGAUGUUCUCCUAUUGUUGCUCAUUUUCCCUCUUGAAAUUGGAAUGUAGUCAUGCUGAACCCACUUAAAGACAUCUACCUCUAUCUGUUUAUUAAACACCUACAACAAGUGGGAUUCAUGUCAUCCCCAUAGCCUGUAUGGGGAAAGUAUCAGGAUUACACCAAUCCACUCCUAGCAUUGUGUUUUCAUGGUGAUAACAAUGCUCGUGUAUACAAGCCUCUCAUCUUUUGCAUGCUUGAUUUGAAAAUCCACCAUUUUGAAGCAUCUCCACGGACUGUUAAGAUAUGGGGAAUAGAUUUGGGUCAUCUAAUAUGAUAAUAUGAGGUUGAUGUCAGAGUGCUGUUGUUUGAGGAGCAUUAUUUAAACAUCCAGGAUUUAAAAACAAAUUUGUUCAUGGAUUCUUACAUCAGGAAAAAGUAAAAAAUUAAAUAAAAUCCAUACAUCACAAAUAUUUAUAUCCCAAAAUUUCUUCACCAGUGUCUCAACAAAGUGCUGUAUCUUACCUGAAACUAUCCUGCUGAAAUCUCGAAACAUGUUGAUCUGAUGUAUCACAAUUUGUUAGGGUGGAAGGUUUCUAAACUUGGAAGCAAACUCUAAAGCUAGUUAUUGUUUAUUUGAAAAGAUCCAUAUGAAUAAAUUGACUUACUAUAUCUUUUGUAAAGAACCUGGGAUGUAACAGCAAGGUGUGUCAUGUGUACAUUUGUAUGUUUGAGAUUAUUCAGAUGAGACUUUUAUUUGAAAGUUCAUUAAACUGUUCGAUUCUU